CGCCGAAGCUCGCCGACUAGAGGCAAAGGACCACAGCUUCUCCACACAGCCGGGCAAGCGUUAUUGGCUCUUCGGAAGAAACCGUUUUCUUCACUACUUCGCUGUUCUCCAGAUAUUUGUUACUCUUGUCGCACACUAGGAUCAAACGUUUUUGUAUAUUUCGUGUUUAUGUAUUCGGACAGUUAAAGGAGAACGGCGCAUUAAAUGCGUUUAGUUCGACACACACACACAGCAUCAUCCUCUCGCCAGGUCGAGCUUCUGCACACCGGAGCGUCUCUAGAGCUGUGAGCACUGGAGUUUGACGGACACACUGUCUGCUUCAUCUUGGAAGUAUACGUUUAAGACUGAGAAACAUCACUAAUAUAUCAACCGAAGUCGAGGACAGGAAAUUAUUUUUUCUUUCACGACGCCGUUACGCAUGGUGGGAAUUUCUACCUCUUUUCAGUAUCGCACUGAGAAGCGCUCCACCAUGCCCGACUCACCUGCUGAUGUGAAAACACAGUCCAGGUUAACUCCGCCCACCAUGCCUCCUCCCCCCACCACACAGGGAGCUCCCAGGACCAGCUCCUUCACCCCCACUGCAUUAACGAAUGGCACCAGUCACUCUCCCACUGCACUGAAUGGAGCUCCAUCUCCACCCAAUGGUUUCAGCAAUGGGCCUUCAUCAUCAUCUUCAUCCUCGCUGGCCAAUCAACAGCUGCCGCCGGCCUGUGGUGCAAGACAGCUCAGCAAGCUCAAACGCUUUCUCACGACACUACAGCAGUUCGGCAAUGACAUCUCACCUGAGAUCGGAGAACGCGUGCGUACCCUGGUGUUGGGGCUUGUGAACUCCACUCUCACCAUUGAGGAAUUCCACUCCAAACUGCAAGAAGCGACCAACUUCCCACUUCGACCUUUUGUCAUCCCCUUUUUGAAGGCCAACCUGCCGCUACUGCAGAGGGAGCUGGUGCACUGUGCACGGCUGGCCAAGCAGAACCCGGCUCAGUAUCUCGCCCAACAUGAGCAACUCCUGCUGGACACAAGCACCACGUCACCUGUCGACUCGUCUGAACUCUUGAUGGACGUCAACGAGAACGGCAAGAGGAGAACGCCUGACAGAACCAAAGAGAACGGCUUUGAUCGGGAGCCGCUCCAUCCCGAGCAUCCCAACAAGAGGCCCUGCACUAUCAGCCCUGGCCAGCGCUUCAGCCCCUCCAACGGGAUCUCCUACCAGCCCAACGGCCUGCCGCACCCCACCCCGCCCCCACCACAGCACUACCGUCUGGACGACAUGGCCAUCGCACACCACUACAGAGAUUCGUACCGCCACCCCAACCACCGCGAGCUCCGCGACCGCCCUCGGCCUCUGGGGAUGCACGGAAGUACGCGCCAGGAGGAAGUCAUAGAUCACAGACUUACAGACAGAGAAUGGGCAGAAGAGUGGAAGCACCUUGACCAUGUAAGAAAACUCCUGAACUGCAUUAUGGAUAUGGUGGAGAAGACACGCCGCUCUCUGACGGUGUUGCGUCGGUGCCAGGAGGCCGACCGGGAGGAGCUCAACUACUGGAUCCGUCGUUACAGUGAUGCUGAAGAUCUUAAAAAGACCAGCAGCUCCAGCAGCAGUCAGUCCAGACAGCAGAGCCCUGCCAGCCAAGACACCAAUGCUUUAGAUGUCCAUAGGGAGCUCCUUCACAGGCCAGUGUCUGGAUAUGUACCUGAAGAAAUCUGGAAGAAAGCUGAAGAGGCUGUGAAUGAAGUGAAGAGGCAGGCCAUGUCUGAGUUGCAGAAAGCCGUGUCAGAAGCCGAGCGCAAGGCCCAUGAGAUGAUCAGCACCGAGCGAGCCAAGAUGGAGCGCACUGUGGCCGAAGCCAAGCGACAAGCAGCAGAGGACGCGCUGUCAGUCAUCAACCAGCAGGAGGACUCUAGUGAGAGCUGCUGGAAUUGCGGGCGCAAGGCGAGCGAGACUUGCAGUGGCUGCAACACGGCGCGUUACUGCGGUUCCUUCUGCCAGCACAAGGACUGGGAAAAGCACCACCACGUAUGUGGCCAGACUCUGCAGGCUCAGCAGCAGGGCGAGACCCCCGCCACCGUCAGCUCCUCUGCCACCCCCAGCAGCGGCGCCGGCAGCCCUGCGGACACACCAUCCGCCGCUACCCCUCGCUCGGCCACGCCCGGCACGCCCUCCACCAUAGAGACCACGCCGCGCUAGAGCCCCGAGCGGGCCGGUCCUGAUGCCUCAGCCGGCCGGGGACUGACUCACCUGCCUCACUCGCUGCAAAACGCUAAAUCUAGCGCACUAACAAAGAAGAGACUGUACUUAGGGCGAUCACCCCCCAGGAGGUCCAUUUCGGGUCAUAUUGACUUGCCAUGAUAGAGAACGCAAAGAUAUUCUUUGUUCGAAAUUCUCAUUGUUCUUUAUUGUUACUACAGCUAUUAUCGCUUACUGUUGAUAAUGUCAUUUAUUGUUGUUGUGGCUCUCUUACAUUCUUGUAAAUAAGAAGACAAGUGGAGUAGACAGCCGGGACCUCUUGAUGAGUAUAUCUGACCUGCCCUUUGUUAUGUUUGUUUGUCGUUUUUUUUCCUCCUUCGUUCCGUUUUCAAAGCUCUUUAUCCAGUAGCUGGGAUAUGAAACUAUUUGACCUCAUUAAAAGACACUUUAAAUGACAAAAACCAAGGAUAUACUUCAUAGCUGAUGUAAGCAAAGACUGAAUAUUAUUAAGACAAAAAAAACAGCGUUCCUUGUAAAGAAGACAACACAAUGUUGAUGAGAACAAAACACGCCCAUGAAGGGCAUCUGCAUUGGACGUGGUGGAGUAGACGGCGGAUGGCGUUUCUGGCCCGCGCGCUGAACUCUGCAGAUGUGCAGCAGAUUGUGAAGGAACGCAGAUGUUCGUCCCUUUUCUGCAGGAUUAUAUCCAGGUCAUUGGUCUAAGAAAUAAAAAGCUGUUUCACUGAGGAAUGUAGGGGCGAGAAGGGCCCGUGCUGGAUUUUGAGUACCGCACAGCGUAAUGAAGGAUGCGCUCUGAGCCCUGAUCCCAAAUGCACUCCAUCAGCUCCCAAAACAGGAAGUGAAGUCAUCGGCCCACCAGAGCAGGACUGUCAGAACCUCACUGUGACAGCCGCUGGGAAACAAAGGGCUAAGAAAUUACCCAUAAAUCACUGGCUGUUGGAGCCCUCUCCUGUCCUGCCUAUCUCUAACCCCGUCACCCGUCCUCGUUCGGCUUCUUUUUGCCCUUCUAGAUCUCAUUGUGUUAAACACUUGUGUCCUGUGCCGUCUCCAAUGGUUAUUUAUUGUACAUGUGAUGGACAAUUGUGACGACGCAUUAAUAGUUGAAAUCACGGUCACAACUUUUUAGUCUUUCUAGGUGCAGAAAGGAAGAACAUAUUUUCUCUUUUUUCUCUCUCUCGCUCUCUCUUUCUCUCUCGCAAGCUGCUUUUCUAUUCGUAUGUGUUUGUGCUAGUCCCUCUUGUAGUUCUCUAAGAAAAAACACUUUUCCCAUUGUCCUCAAAAGACAUAUGCUAUCUCUCAAAGCUGCUACUCCAGUCUCAUUCAGAUGUUUUUUUUCUGAGAACUAGCAUGUUACAUGGAAUGCUAACAUAAAUGUUUUUGUACAUGGGACGUACAUAAAUGUAUUUGCACUGUCACGGUUUCUCUCGGCAUGCUUCUUUUGGCAGUUUUUUUUUUUUUUUUUUCCAUAGGGAAAAUCUUCAUAGGUUAUCUUUGGAGUGCUUCGUUACAUAUCUGUGAUUUCCUUUUCUUGUUAAAAAAUGAAGAAAAAUCUAUGAAAAAAAAAGAAAAAAAAAAGAAAACAGAAAAAAAAGAAAACAGAAGUAUCACAAUCUGCUUUUGUUAACAUUUUUUUCUAAACAUUUUUGCUUUGAAUAGUUAAGGACAGUGCAUGCACAUGCAUACUGAAUGCUAUGGUAUAUGUUGUUUUUGUUUUCUACAAAAAAAAAGAUAAAAUGUACAAAAAGAGACUAACUUUCCAAAUGCAGAGGUGAAAAACAGACAGCUUUAACACUGCAGAGCACCAGGAUACACAGUAUUACAAAGGAAUUAACAUGGAAGACAGCCAAAGACAGACAUGAAGGACCAAAACCUGAUUUUAUCCAAGAUUUAAACAUGACAAAAAUGACUCACUCCAAUGCAUUCUUGUUUUCUCCACGUGUUUAUCAGGGGAAGCCACACAGAGCAAUGUUUCCAUUCGAAAACCUUUAACUCUCCCCUGUUCAGAGCCAAGACCAGCCCUAUUCAGCUCAUAGGGAGGAGCAGCCACUCAAACCAUGUAGCAGUCCCUAAGAAAAGAGGGUUUCACAUGUGGAUGAGGCGGUCUGAGUGAUCGAGCAAUAAUCGAAUAGGCAGAUCCCAUAUGUAGAUCCUACAGGGCGAGUGUCAUUGUCGUCGUUUUUCUUUCCGUAUCAUUCCUCGAAACAGAUUAGUCAUAAGAACGCCGCUCCAAAAGGCAACCAGACCAACCGAACUGAAGCUCUUCUUGUUCAUGAACGGCACAUAACCAAACCUUCAAGUGUUUCAGCUCAAGAUUAAAAGCCAUGUGAGAAUCUAAAACUAAACAACCUCGUCAAUGGCUUAAGAGGAAGAGGGGUCUAAACGGGCACUUAAAGGGUUAGUUCAGCCCCAAAAUGGAAAUUAGGCCAUAAAUUACUCACCCUGAAGUCAUCCUAGGUGUAUAUGACUUUCUCCUUUCAGACAAAUUUAGUUGGAGUUAUUUUUAAAAUUGUUGCUUCGUUUACAACAGUGAGCGCAAACUAGAUUAAAGUGAUUAUUAUGUUUUUAAUAUGGAUAUUUUACUUAUGCAUCGAUUCACUACAGAAGGCCUUUUUACACCCCUGGAGCCGUGUGAGACACAUUUUUUAAAUGGAUGAGCUUUUUAUUAAACUUCUCAUGUACCAAUUGAGUGUAACACCCGCUGAGUGGCAUAAAACAGCUUGAAAGAUCAAAGACAUUUUUUUUUUUCAUAACUCCGACUGGAUUUGUCUGAAAGAAGAAAGUCAUAUACACCUUGGAUGAUUUCAGGGUGAGUAAUUUAUGGCUUAAUUUUCAUUUUUGGCUGAACUAACCCUUUAACUGCAAUCUGAUGGCUCACAUCCCAUGGUGCUAAAUGCUGUGCAUUUGACCUCUUACGAGGAGCGGCUGGCUCUGAAUGCACUCGGGGCCUACUCCAGCAUGCUACGGUUAAAUAAUCCAAAAAAACAUGGGUGUAAGACACCUGUCCACAUCGCUAGAGAACCUGCCAGCUAAGCUGUAUUGAAACACUAUUUUUGAAAAACACAUAUAGUUAGUGCAGUGAGUUCGAUCAGGGUGACCUGAAUAAAAUAUGCGUGGACAAAGCGUUAAGUAACUCCUCCUUCUCCUUCCCAAUCUAGUACGUCUGUUUUGCUACAACCUUUUUUCCUCGGUGGCAAAAAGUCUCACUCUACCUCUGACAGCACGUUAGGAGCACCAGUCGCUGAGCGGACACUGGUCUAGUCAAACCAAAUGGGCACAUGAGAGCAGGACUUAAACCCAAAGUUAAAAGCUCAUAUAGCUGCAAACCAUAUCACUACUUGGUAACAAUGCAGACCUCAUGAAAAAAAAAAAAAUUAUGAAUAGAAUACGUAAAAAAAAAAUGUUUUGUUCAUUUUAAGUUUGUCACGUGUACAAAUCGCUUUGAGUCAACUCAAAGUAAAAAAAAAAAAGUUUCAGAGUGUUGACCCCAUUUGAUAUACACUUUAAUUCAAUCCAUGGUCAAAGAUGAGAAAAGUGAUAUAUUCCUAUUGCCCUCCUCUUCUCCUGCACCCCCUUUCCCCCCAUUUCUGUCUUCUAUUGUGAGACACGCUUGGCCGCUCGUCAGUGUCGUUUAGGUUCGUGUUUAUGGGGGAUUCACACCAAACGUGAGCGAAAAGUAACGGCUGGUGAAUUCGCGCAAGCCUUGUUUGCCAGGUGUUACCUUGAUUUUUUUUCUCCAGUUUGUAAAGUGAAUUAAACUUUGGGAUAAUAAAGGGACAGUGGAAACAUUAAGUGUAAUGAAUUGGUCGGGUGGGUUCAGGAUGGGCAGUCGUAGGAUUCUUCGAAAAUCUUUAUUGUGAAAAAAAGCUCAUUAAAAAGUUGUUGUGCAAUACUUAAUGUAAACAUGAACCACAGGUUACAGGUGGGCUGGGAGGGUGUGGACUCUCUCACACCUUUUCCAAAUAUGGUUUUUGAGUCUACUGUUAGAACUGUGGUUUCUUGUUUAAUCUGUUUUCUUUAUUUUAUUGUCUCAUUUUUGGGGGCUGUAGUACAUGGUCUGUCAGUCUGUGAAUCUUUGCAGUAUGAUUCUGGUAUUGUUGUACUCUUUACUGUGUAAUAAAUAUGUUCAUACCUGCA